AUCAGGGCUGUCACAGCGGGCACAGGGCAAGCAAAGUGCACAGUGCUGAGAGGUCCUACACAAGCAGCCCCAGGGCAUAAACAGCUUUGUCUCUGGAGUGACAAACCAAUUCCAGGCAGUGUGCACAGGAGACGUGUCUCACAAUGACAACGGUAGAAGCCAAAGCUGAGGAAGAGGAGAAAAAGGAGCCAGAUUCAGAGGCAGCAUCAGAUCCAGCAUCAGAUCCAGCACCAGAAUCCAAUUCGUCCAGUGGGACUGGCUCCCCAGAACAAGAAGGAUUCUUUGAUCUGCUGACCCAUGUACAGAGCGGGCGUAUGGAUGAGCAACGUUGUGACAUUCAGAUUGUGCACCGCAAGAGCACCACGGACCCUGAGAACAGUGACAGCCCCAGCCCACCACCAGAGAUGGACCAUUUAAUGGAAAUGCUGGCAAGCACACAGAGCCGGCGGAUGGACGAUCAACGUGCCAGCUUUAACUACCUCCCAGGUUUCCAGAAUGCUGAAAAUAAUGCCAGCAGCAAACCAGCUUCUGGGGCCACCAAGAAAUGAGUAUCUCCCCAACCCUGGUCAGGGAAAACAGCAGACAGACAGAAAGACACCAGCCGAUGCCACCACCAAGCAUAGCACACCACCACUCACCCCAAAACACCUCCUUCCUGCGGUACCUGCCCCACUCAUUCUUUGUACGUGUCCUGCCAUUCCAAUAAAAACAAAGUUGGU